AUGAGGCGGCGACGUGCCCAUCAUGGCUUUGUUGGCGUAUUGCGUCCCGUUCUAUCUGCACUUUUUGUAUUGGCGCUUCUUACUUUUCCUUUCAUUGUGUGGGCAUUACAAACGGACCCUGAGCCUGCUCUGCCGUCGCAGCCGACGGUGAGCAAAGUGAUCGCCCCUGCUGCCGCUCAAGGCAACAUUCAUGAGGACUCGUUAACAGUAGUGGUGGUGUCAUAUCCAAUGACGAGGCGAAGAAAUUGUUUGUUGCAUGUUUUGAAGGCCACUCUGUAUGAUUGGCCGAAGGAUGAGAGUCUUGUCCAUGAGGUGCUGCUCGUGUGGAAUGGCGUGAAGGAAACGGUGCCAGACGAAUUGCUUGCGUUGAAAUCGAGGUGCGGCAACCACCCAAUUCCGUGGCGAAUCACUGGCUUGUCGCCUCUCUCCUCCGCACCGAAGCUGUUCUCAACAUCGACGAUGAUAUGA